UGCUAGCUAGCUAGCUGGUAGCUAACCACAACAAGCUUUGUUUGUGCAGGAUUUACGUUUUAAAUUCCGAUUUUAAGUGCUAUGCGAGUUAUUACGUAUCUUUAGACGCACUUCGUCGUAACUGGGAAAAAUAACGCAGCGUUAACCAGCUAACAAGUUAGCAUUAGUUCGUCUUUAUGUUAGUUAGUUAGUUAAACUGGCAGCAGCAGAACACCAUGUGAAGAUGUUUACAUCAAGCCUUUCUGCAGAACAGCAAAGAGAGCUGGCGAAAAGACUCACAACGUUCCUGUCUCAGUACAGCCACGUAUCCAACUCCUAUAUAAUUGAGUUCUUCACUGAAGAUCUCUGGCACACUUUGCCCGACACGUGGCAGCCUGUGCUGCAGAACCUGUCGUAUCCACAGAUUGCAGACCUGUUACUGGAGGCUACACAUGGAGAAAGGAGAUAUCCUUCGGUGUGGCCGCUGUCGCUCUUGGCGUUUCGUGCCACCGCUCACUCUCUGGCGUUUCCCAGAGAGUGCAGGCGGCAGUGCGGCGCGCCGGCGGCCGGCUCGCUGAAGCCUGAGGAGUUCCUGUACAACCAGAGUCAGAGCUCUCUGCUGGGACACAUAUUCAGGAAACAUGUCAAACCCAAGAAGCAGCACGAGAUCCGCAAGCUGGGCGCGCUGGUGAAACAACUCUGUGAGCAGACGCACUGCGACAGUGUGGUGGACGUGGGCUCUGGACAGGGUCACCUGACUCGCUUCCUGUCCUUCGGCCUCGGACUCUCUGUGACCGCCAUCGAGGCUGAUCACACCCUGGUUGCUAUGGCGUUCAAGUUUGACGGAGAGUUGCUGUCGGCCUUGGAGAAGGAAAGGCGGAAAAAGAACUGCUCCUCUCUGGUCCCCGUCUCACAGUCCUCCCCCCGCCAUGUGGCCGGUUGGGUAAACCCCAAGGCAUCAUGGGAGUCCUUCGUCAAGCAGCUGAGUGCUGCAGGUUGUGUCAAUGAAAGUCCUCCGACUCCAUCGGGGCCCAGCAAGAAGAGACUGCGAGGCUCUGAGCCUCAGGGGCCUCAGGAGCCUCAGGAGCCUCAGGGGCCUCAGGAGCCUCAGGGGCCUCAGGGGCCUCAGGGGACUCAGGGGCCUCAGGAGCCUCAGGGGACUCAGGAGCCUCAGGGUCACCAGGAGCCUCAGGGGCCUCAGGGGCCUCAGGGGACUCAGGAGCCUCAGGGUCACCAGGAGCCUCAGGGUCACCAGGGGCCUCAGGGGCCUCAGGAGCCUCAGGGUCACCAGGAGCCUCAGGGUCACCAGGAGCCUCAGGGUCACCAGGGGCCUCAGGGGCCUCAGGAGCCUCAGGGUCACCAGGAGCCUCAGGGUCACCAGGGGCCUCAGGGGCCUCAGGAGCCUCAGGGUCACCAGGAGCCUCAGGGUCACCAGGAGCCUCAGGGUCACCAGGGGCCUCAGGGGCCUCAGGAGCCUCAGGGGCCGUCUCCUGCGGUCCACACUUCUUCAUGUUGUGGUUCCACAGAGGAUUCAUCUGCUGAAGAACGCAGCUCGUGUGUCUCGUGUGUCUCGUGUGUACGUCCUGGGGAAGGCAGCCAGCGGGGCCACCCAGACUUUGUCCUCACCGGCCUCCACGCCUGCGGUGACCUCAGCGCCACCCUCCUCCGCCACUUUGUCAGCUGCCCACAUGUGCGCGGCAUCACCUCCGUGGCAUGCUGCUACAUGAAAAUGACGACCAAAGAAAACCCUAACCCUCCAGGACUGGUAGCGCCUCCGCAGUCAGCGGGCGAGCAAGCGCUCCCCUCAGAGUUUGGAUACCCGAUGAGCUCCUGGGUGGGGGGGCUGCCGGGACAUCAGCUGUCCUAUAAGGCGCGGGAGGGGGCGUGUCAUGCUGUUGAGGACUAUGCGCAGAGGCUUCGGGAGGAAAGCGAGCUGCUGAGGGCGCACUGUUAUCGGGCCACGCUGGAGGCCUUCAUCAGGGACACGAGGCCGGAUCUGCGCCGGGCAGGAAUCCAGACAAUAAAGAAAUCCCACUUCCUGCCGUUCACAGAGUACGCCCGGCUGGGCCUGGCUCGGGUCGGCCUGCCCCCCGGGUUGCCUCUGGACCCGGAGCAGGUGGAGGCCAUGUUGAGGCAGCAGCGCAGGGUGGUGGUGUACUUCAGCCUGGCCCUGCUGCUGGCUCCUGUGGUGGAGACGCUGGUGCUGCUGGACAGGAUGAUCUACCUGCAGGAGAACCGUGUGGACAGUCAGCUGGUUCCUCUCUUCGACCCAAACUUUUCUCCAAGAAACUUUGUGCUGGUGGCUCUGAAGGCUCGUGGACACGGAGGAGAACAUGGGGAUCUUAAAUCAAACUUUAUUAGUCACUGAACUCAAGAUGACAAAAGUCUAUUUGUCUUGAAACAAG